AUGUCACUCUGGCAAUCCUUUCGCAAUCUCCAGCCGCGAACACGCGUCUACUUUGGCCUCGGGACCAUGGCUUGGGCGGGGCUUGGACUUCUAUUGUCAGACAAAGCGGAAAAGUUCUUUGAACUCAAGCCUACAGAGAAGGACAAGGAAGGCCUGAAAGAUUUGCUACCGAGAGUGAGGAGGGUGGACUGA